CGACGAUCCGCUACAGUAUUAAUCAACUUCACCACAGCGUCCUCGAAUAACAUGUCAACGGACCCGAAGAUCCAGAUCCUGCUCACCGGCGCGACAGGCUACGUCGGCGGCUCCGUGCUGGCCAAGCUCCUCGAGCACGAGAAGAAGAGCGCGUUCGCGAUCACCGCGAUCGUGCGCAGCGCCGACAAGGCGAAGCUGUUCGCCGAGGUCGAGGAACGGACGGGGGUGCCGAUCACGCCCGUGCAGGGCUCGCACUCGGACGCGGCGCUCGUCGCGUCUCUAGCAUCGCAGAGCGACGUCGUGAUAGCCGCCGCCGACGUGGACGACCUAGAGGCUGCGAGGGCGAUCCUCGGCGGCCUGAGGCAAAGGUACGAAAAGACGGGCGUGAAACCGAUCCUGUUGCACACGUCUGGCACCGCGGUCUUCUGCGACCAUGCAGCGGGCCUGUCGGGCGACGCCCCGGUGUACGACGAUACAGAUCUAGCGCAGUUGGCGAAAGUCCCAGAUUCCGCUCCACACAGGAACGUCGAGUUGACCGUGUUCGAAGCAGAUGCUCAAGGCUACGUCGAAACGUACAUCAUCUCGCCCUCCACGAUCUACGGCCGCGCCACGGGCAUCCUCGUCGAUCUCGGGAUCCAGAACCCGAAGAGCCAGCAAAUCCCGAGGUUGGCACGGCUCUCCGUGAAGCGCGGCCGGGCCGGUAUGGUCGGAAAGGGGCUCAACUACUGGCCGAACGUCCACAUCGACGAAGUCGCGGACCUGUUCAUGGUCAUCUUUGACGAGGCGCGGAAAACCAAGGACGCCCGCAACCCCGCCUUAGGACACGGCCGCGAAGGAUACUACGUCGCGGCGAAUGGCGAGCACAAGCUGUAUCAGAUCUCACAGGCAAUCGGGAAGGCGUUGGUGAAGCUGGGCAAGUCUGACAAUGCGGAGCCGACGACGUUCACCGACGACGAGGUCGAGGAGCUGGGCGGCGACGUUAUGGCGAACGUCAUUCUAGGAGGUAACUCGAGGACCGUCGCGAGACGUGGCAAGCUCGUCGGAUGGACACCGGCCAAAACCACGAGUGACAUGCUCGCGAGCGUCGAAGAAGAGGUGAAGUUUGCGCUGGAAAACUGA